UUGCAGUGGGCCAUCACAUUCAGGGAAUCACAGGAAGACGUGACGCCGCGGCUCCAUCUACUCCCACCCCCCCUGAUCCGCUCACUGUUUCCUGGCUCUCAGUCUGCGUCUCCCCGGGCUUUUUCUCCAGCGCAUGAAGGAGAAAGAGAAGAGCGAGCAGAAAGAGACUCCACAACAAGUGCAGCCGCCCCCCCUCUCAUGUGCGGAAAGGUUUCUCCAGGCAGCGGCUCUGCGUCGGUGUGUGUUUGUGUGUGAGAGUGAGUGUGUGUGUGAGGGGUCUUGCAGGAGGCAGCAACUGCAGCUUUUCCACUCAACUUCCGCUAAUGACCUGAAUUAACCGAGAGUUUUUGCACCGGACGUGUUUUUGAACUUGUCACCAGCCACUUCGAGCUGUGUCCGAACAGCCGCUUUCAAGGUGUUAUUACUUCACACUUUGCAACAUGGCUGCUGCCGCUGCAUCCGCCGCCGCUGCUGCUGCUGCGGGAACCACCGUGCGGAGAAAAGUUUAACACCGACGUGGGAGAAGUUGGACGCGAGCUGCUGCAUGAGUUGUCGCCCGGAGAAGGAAGCGGUCUCCCGGAGCCUGACACCGCCGUCCCCCGCCCCGGAGGAGCCGACUGAGAGCCGCCUCCUCCCGUGUCGUUCGCCCGCCGACAGACAGACUGUCACUGCAGUGGACUUUGUGGUGAAACUGGUUCCUCUUCUUCUUCUUCUUCUUCUCCAUCGUUGAGCUGCUGGGACUCUCCCCAGGAGCUAAAAGACAACAUGCAUUUUUCCAUACCCGAAACAGAGGUCCGUUCGGGAGAAAAUGGGUCGACAUAUGUGGCCUACAACAUCCAUGUCAACGGGGUCCUGCACUGUCGGGUACGCUACAGCCAACUUCUUGGCCUCCACGAACAGAUAAAGAAAGAAUAUGGCAGCAACGUGGUGCCUGCCUUCCCCCCAAAGAAAAUCUUCACACUGACUCCUGCUGAGGUCGAACAGAGACGGGAACAGCUGGAGAAAUACAUGCAGGCUGUGCGUCAGGAUCCGUUGCUGGGAGCCAGUGAGAUGUUUAACAGCUUCUUAAGGAAAGCACAGCAGGAGACGCAGCAGAUUCCCACAGAAGAUGUUGCUCUGGACAUCUGCCUCUCCAACGGUCAGAAGGUCACUGUCAACAUUCUGACCUCAGAUCAGACGGAGGAUGUCCUGGAUGCUGUUGCGACAAAGCUCGACCUUCCGGACGACCUUGUUGGUUAUUUCAGCCUCUUCCUCAUACGUGAGGGUGUGGAUGGAGGUUUAACAUUUGUGCGGAAGCUGCAGGAGUUUGAGCUGCCUUAUGUAUCCAUCACCAGCUUGCGGAGCUCUGAAUUUCACAUACUCCUACGGAAGAGCUAUUGGGACAUGGCGUACGAUGGUGAUGUGAUGGACAACCGAGUCGGCCUGAAUUUGUUAUACGCCCAGACAGUGUCUGACAUUGAGCGAGGCUGGAUACUCGUCAACAAAGACCAGCACAGGCAGCUCAAAUCACUGCAGGAGAAAGGAUCCAAGAAAGAGUUCAUCCAUCUAGGCCAGACGCUCAAAUAUUAUGGCUACAUCAAGUUUGACCCGUGCGUUACCGACUUCCCCGAGAAGGGCUGCCAGGUCAUCGUCAGCGCCGGCAACAACGAGCUCAACUUCCACGUCAAGCUGCCCAACGAGCAGAUGAAGGAGGGGAGCUUCAAGGUCACGCGCAUGAGGUGUUGGCGGGUCACGUCUUCUCAAGUCCCAAUGGCCAACGGUACGACCAAUCCCUGCAGCUCGGCCAAAUGUGAGGUGAAGCUAGAGCUGGCCUUUGAGUAUCUGAUGAGCAAGGACCGACUCCAGUGGGUCACCAUCACCAGUCAACAGGCGAUCAUGAUGAGUAUCUGCCUCCAGUCUAUGGUGGAUGAAUUAAUGGUGAAGAAGUCAGGUGGCAGCAUCAAAAAGAUGCUGAGGAAACGACACAACGGCUCCAUCCACCGAACAGACAGUCAGCAAACUGUGAAAUCACCCCCCCUGCUGGAGUCCCCCGACCAGAACCGUGAACAAACCGUCAAACUCUCUACCAAGCUGAGCUCGGUGUCCCUCCGAGGGAUCAGCGCCUCCAACUCGGCAAACGACAUCAGCGGCAACGACUUCCACGGCAACUACGCGUUUGAGGGAAUCGGGGACGACGACCUGUAACUCCCCCCUCCCGACCUCCUCCUCCGAUCCUCCCUCCUCCCCUCUUCAUUCCACUGUCAACAACUUGGAGGACAAAGAUUAUGAGCUGAGCUGAGCCGAGCCGAGCGAACCACACACACACACACACACACACACAUGUCCGAUUCUGCAAGAUUGUAGCUCCUUCCUGGAGAAAUCGCUGCCUUAAGCUCUCGUGUAAUCGUCAACAGUGUCCUUUUUUUUUUAAACACUUUUAAAUGCUCACUUUUUAAUUUGCAUUCAGGUCAAAAUCAUCCGAAUCAGUUGAAGCGUCGACUGUUUUUCAUUUAACUCGUGGCAACACACAAUAAAUAGCAUGCAAGGCUACAGGUACUCAAACAGAAUUCGUUUCUGUAUGCUACUGCUUCUGUCGCACAGGUCCCUGUUUCAUCAACAGUACGUGUGCAGCUCUUUAAUGCAGUUAGAGUCUCGAGGUACCGCGCAAAAACUAAUAUAGUCUGAAUUCCAUGAAGAAAAACCUGCUACAUCCUGGAUUCUUCCCCCAGCGGCUGCAUGUUCCUGACUAACCAGAGAGCCAAAUGUUCAGUUAGACCUGGCACUAGUGAUAAAAGAGCAGAGCCCGAUGUGGUGAAAAUUGAUCUCAUAACUGGAGAUUAUUCAGAGCAACUGCUUGUAUAUGGAUGGAAUGGUUGGCUUGGCUAUAUACCAAAAUGUCAUAUUUUUAUACUGUCAGUGAUCCUCAUGCUCAUCCUCAAGUUCACGUGCCAAGUCUGUAAAUAUCUUGAAGGAGACAUACGAUGCUAUUUUCAGUUUCUCUUUCCGCUAGUGUGUUUUUAUAGGCUGGUUGUGUGUGUAAAAAGUCAAAAAGGUCAAAGUCCACAUUCAAGUGAGCUCUUCUGCUCCCGAGCCAACACUGCUCCUGAGGCUCCUGAGGCUCCUGAGGCUCCUGAGGCUCCUGAGGCUCCUGAAGCUCCUGAGGCUCCUGAGGCUCCUGAGGCUCCUGAGGCUCCUGAAGCUCCUGAAGCCCCUGAGGCUCCUGAGGCUCCUGAAGCUCAUGAGGCUCCUGAAGCUCCUGAGGCUCCUGAAGCUCCUGAGGCUCCUGAAGCUCAUGAGGCUCCUGAAGCUCCUUAGGCUCCUGAAGCUCCUGAGGCUCCUGAGGCUCCUGAAGCUCCUGAAGCUCCUGAGGCUCCUGAAGCUCCUGAGGCUCCUGAAGCUCCUGAGGCUCCUGAAGCUCCUGAGGCUCCUGAAGCUCAUGAGGCUCCUGAAGCUCCUGAAGCUCCUGAAGCUCCUGAGGCUCCUGAGGCUCCUGAAGCUCCUGAGGCUCCUGAAGCUCCUGAGGCUCCUGAAGCUCCUGAAGCUCCUGAGGCUACUGAAGCUCAUGAAGCUCAUGAAGCUCAUGAAGCUCCUGAGGCUCCUGAAGGCCGCCAGAUAAUCUGGUUCUGGAUUAAUUGUCCAGCGUACUUCUCUUUAGCCUGUCGUCUAGUUAAACACUUGUUGUCUGACCAACACUUCCGCCCACGUUCCAAUCUAAGCGGCUGGGAAACAAAGCCAAGUAAAGAGAGAGCACUGGAACAGGGUGGGUCAGCUGGCCAAUCAGAAUUGACCCUGCGUUACCAGGAGUUGGGGGGGCCUUAAAGAGACAGGAGCUAAACCCAAGCCUUUCAGACAGAGGCUGAAAAGAGGAGCUGCUGCUGCAAUGGACAGUUUGAGGAAAGAGUUUUCUGAACAUAUAACAAUAACCCAAAUUUACAAUUCAGAAUCUGAGCAGAAUAUGUCUCCUUUAUCAAGAUACCGGUGGAGUUUCCAUCUAACGUCGGAGGCACAGUCUCUCAUGCUGCCUUCAGAAGUCGUCUGAUGCCUUAACUUUUCCUUUUUUUUAAUGAUUUUUGCCUCGUGGAUUUCCUUGUCAUCCCAACGCUGGCUCAAACCUUAAAUAAGCGUCAGCCGGUGCGUCCUAGAAUCUUGCAGAACUUGAUGGAUGGUUGAUUUGGCCGAGCUGCUUGCACUUGCUGAACCCAUCGUUAUUGCACAGUAUUACAGGUGGAGAUGAUUGUUCGAGUGGAAACUUGAGCGCGACUUAAAACACUUUGUGGAGUUUUGUUUUCCAAGGGGGCUCAGUAAAUCCAUCUGUGAUGCUUCUUCUUUUUCUUUUUUUUUUUUUACAAUUUUUUUAAAGGUUUCUCAUUAAUGCCAAAUUAUAGUUUACUAAAGCAUUUUGCACAGAAUAUAAACAAAAAAAUUAUGACAAUGUCACUUUUUAUAUUAUGUACAUGCAAUUAAGUAUUCUGAACAUUUACUAAUAUCUUUAUCAUCUUAGCUUAUUGUAAUCGAAUAGAUCAAAUGUAAUCUAAGCUGUAUAGAACAAAAAGUUUAAGUGGAAUAACAUUUAUCGUUGUUUACAUAAUGUUUAGGGGAAUUUUUUUUGUGUUUUAGUUCAAAUGGAAAGUGUUUACAAAUUUUGCAUUUGAUUUUCUCUGUCAUUAGCAUUGUUAGGGGCUUCAGUUCAUUUGGAAUCUGUACUCACAUUGUGCCAAUCAUCUCAGAGGAUUCACGCUCACGUGAUCACAUUUGCUGGAGUGAGGGAACGUUCAUGGAGGGCGGGCGACCAACACAUCCCGCUGUCGUUCCAUAUAUUUUUAAAGCAGUCGUUUCAGAAAAGCUGCGUCUCGGCCUUUGUUGAAGCCUCUAAAUGUAAACCGACGCCCAACCUGUCAGCAGCUUUACCGGUAGCCACAACUGUAAAGAAAAUGUUCUCGAGAAAAAUGUCUUGUUCUUUCACUGCUGUGCUUCUUCUCCUGUCUUCAGUUGUAUGUUUAUCUAGAGGGACGUGGACACCAGCCGUCUUUUAUUUUCUCACUUCCUGUCGCCACCAAGUGCACGGAAGCCGCAAGGUCCCGGGUGUUUUUAAUGUGUAGGUGCCAAAUCACACGUGGAGUGCAUUAACGCCAGCGUCACUAUUAAACUAAAUGUCCAACUUUCAUGAAAACUCUGUUGACUUGAUUCAUUCCACUGUUCAUCUUUUUGAUUUGAGAGGUAAGGUCGGGGACAAGUCUGUCCUGUCUGUCUGUCAUGAUGCUCAAAUAAAUUCUGAAAUGAGACGA